CACCAGUUAUGAUCACCGGCUAUGUAAUGCGAUUUUGUGAGUUCCGUUGCGAUUAACUUUUAUCUUUGUUAUUUUUUUCUGUACGCCAUUUCGUAAAAUUAUACAACCAAAUAGUAUUUUUUUCUUUUUUUUUUUAUACACGUCUUGUCCCGGGUCUCUUAAUUUUUAGGGAAUCGAUUAUUGUUCUUUUUUUUUUUGUUCAUAACAUCUCGUAGAGACGUUCCUGGCUGCAAAACUUUACUGGGCAUGCAGCACGUUCACACAAUUUACAAGGUAUUUACUAUAAAAUUUUAACAUAAUAGUUAAUUACUCGUACUAUUAUUGUAAUUGUUUAAAACACAAAUUAAAUAAAUGGUACAAUAUAUUAUUGUAAAAUUUGACGAUGGUAAUGGGAAAAAAUUCUUUGAAAAACCCUGCCUAAAAUAGAUUAAUGGCUAUGAUAAUAUAGAUAGUCAUUAUGACAUUGUAUUAUAGAUAUGAGUAUAGUGACAUUGAUUAAGUAUAUUAUUAUUGUAAAAUGUAUUAUAAUUGUUGGUGCUAUACUAGUAUGUACCUACAGAGUACAGAGGCCUAUAUAGGAUUUUCUUGAUGAAAAUAAUAUCAAAUAUUUGUUUUGGAUCUUAAUUUUUUCGCAAAACAAUAACUUUUUGAAGUCUGAUGGAGAUAAGGCACCUCAAAACUAAUAAUAGUUUUCCAAAAAUGUAUAAUGCUGUGAAUGCUCUUACUGGUUCAGUUCUUACCCCAGCAAAAAAUAGUCUUUUAUCUUAAAACAAAAUUGGGUAUUACUCCUGCAAACGUUUAAUUUCAGUUCAGGGGCGUAUUCAGCUCAUCUUCUAGCGGCAAAAUUCGAACUUUAAUCAUACUUAUAAGUUAUUAGUUAUAAAAGCAUAUGUAUAUGACAUAUGCUUGUAUAUAAACAGCAGUGUUAUAGAUUAUAAAUAGAUCGGCAGUUCAAAAAUGUUCGAUCAUUUCGCUUGCUUAAAAGUUUUUGCUGGGACAUCAUGUUUUUUAACCUGUUGUAACAUCAAAAAUAUUUCAGAAAGGAUAAGCAUAUUACAGCCAAAGGAGUUAUGUUUAGGUGUAAAACAAACAAGAUGGACAAAUUUAUGAAAAUAAUCAAAUAAUUAAUUUAAUUAACCCAAUAAAGUAUUAUAAACAGACUUCUGGAUCUUCAGAUAUGGGUAUGAUAUACUUAUCAUGACUCUAUAGUAGAAUAAGCUAAUAACACGGAUGACUAUAAUAAUAAACUAAUAAUAAACUAAUAAACUAAUGACUAUAACUUAGUUUGUAUGGUCGAAGGCGUAGACAAUCUUACAAUAUAAUAUAAUUAUUAUAUCCAACAGCUGAUGAUAUCCACAAUAUCUUUAAUCUCUUAUCAAAAUUUUGAUAACCAUUUCUUACAAAAAAAAUUAACUUUUUUUUUAAAUUUCUAUUAAAUAAUAAUAAUAAAAUACAUAUAUACAUGAAACAAAUUUAACAUUGCUCAGAGGGGGGCUAACGAUCGCCACUAUUGUCCCCUUGUAUACGCCCCUGCUUUAGUUACAGGCAUGCAAAGCAUUUAAUAAUAAUUAACAUAUAAGUACCUACUAAAUAAUACUGGUAUUCUAUUUCACUCUUUUUUAUUAAUUCAGAAAAUAAAUUAAGGUUUCCUGUUUUUUUUUUUUAUACAACAUAUUGAUAAAUUUAUCUGUUGUGUAAAUUAAUCCUCUCCACUGCUCUGUGGUAAGACAGAAAACUAAUGGUGAGUACAGGAGGGAGGGCAAUGAGGGUGAUUGCCCCUUCCCCGUUCGAAAAAAAAAAUUGUGUGUAACCAUAGUUUACAAUAGAUAUGAUAGUUGGUUUAAUUAUAGUAGAGGUUUAUAAAAUGUGUAUUUUAACUAAACAUUUUCAAAGAACGAUAGCCAUUAUUGAUUAUCACAUAUUGUUAAUCUAGUUUCUGAAUAUACCAUAGUACCUAAGUACUCGCCAACUUUCAUGUGGAUUGCGAUAGACAUAUGCCAAUAAUAACAUUUUGUUAUUAUUCUAGAUUUGUGAGCUGAUAAUAUAAUAUUAUAGAAUAUUGUGAUAAAGGUUUAAUAAAUAAAUUAAUACAUUUAAUACAUUUAAUAAAUGUUUACAACAAUGCAAUCAAUGUGAUUUUAGCUAGUUUUACAGUUAGUAUAGCUUCAGAAAUAGGAAGAGAGGAGUUUUUCCACUCAUAAAAGUUAUAAAAGUGUGCCAAUGAUGCAAAAUGUUACAAGAAAGACUCUUUAGAUUAGUGAUCAUUCGUCGUCACCGAAAUGAACAUGUUGGCAUAGAUGAAGUGAUAGAUAUUUUUUAAAAAAAUAAUUAAAAAAUGAUUUUAUAAUUUAAAAUAUUUUAUUCAUAAUAAUAUAUAUUAUACAAAUAUGGUAAUGUUUUUUAAAUUUAUAUUUCCUAAUUUUAAAUAAUUUCUUCUAUUAGAAUAAAUUAUUACUAUGUAAAACUACAAAUUAUUUGUAUAUAUUAAUGUAUUUAUGUAUUUUUUUUAUCUUUGUAUUCAUUUAGUUCGUUUAAUUUAACUUCAUUUAAUUUUGGAUUCCGAGUGUAGAAAGUGAUUAUUGGUUUUGCAAUGCUGUUUAUUUCUUUUUUUUUCUUUGUUCUGUUGUGGACACGUUUUUUCCUAAUAAACUUGCUCCGAUUUUUACUUGUAACAACUUGUCUAAAAGCUCAAGCUGUCUAUAUGGUACUUUAAAAAGGUAAUUUUUUGAUUUUUGACGCCAUUUUUGAAAUAAAUGCAUUUAAGUAAGAAAAAACAUAAUUUAUAAUUAUAUUAUAAUUAUAAUAGAAACACGUAUAAUUUCACAAUUCCAUGAUUUUAUAAAAACACGAACGACGUUUUCUACCAGAAAAAAUGAUUUAAUCGUAAAAUCACAAGACACCUUUUUUGUUGCCUUUUUGAUUUACUUUCUUACGGUAUCAUCGCUAAAAUUUUUGAGCUUUUAAGAAAUAUAAAUUUUUGGAAGUUUUUUUGCUGUAAUUCGGUUAUAAAUACACGUAGAGACUUGAAGCUUGGUAAUAAUACAUAUAUUGGACUUACCUAGACGUGGUAAAAUUUUCAAAAUCAUCAGACUUUUUUUCAAUAAGCAUUUUAAAAUCAAAUUUAAACAAAAAUCGCAAAAAUUAUGUAUUACUGAACAGCACUCGGAAUCGUCUUUCGUCAAGCAAUGGUUUAUCAUCACUUAAAGAUAUAAAUGAAAUAACAUAAUGUAUCUUACUUUCCCAACUUCUCACCUACAACAGUGGCCGCUCCCGUUCCCAGAAUCAGCCAUUUUUUAUUUUACUUUUUAGAUGUUUUUUUAUACAUUUCUACAAAAACUACUGGCAAAAUAUAAUUAUAUUUACAUAUUUUAUAAUAGAUAUUUAUGUUAAGUGUUUACGACUUACUACGGGCUUUAGCGGUUUUGGAAACGGUUUUGCGAGAAAUUCUUCGUAGCAAUAAUAAUAACCCUUAAAAUCAUUCGAGACAGCUAAAGUCGAUUCACGACUAUUCCUCCGUAUAAUCGUUCGUUAUUAAACAAUUUGGACAUAACCAUUUUAUGUAAUCAAAUACCCGGAAAAAAGUAUGAUUACCUACUCAUAUUUUUUUAUAUGUGAUUGUGUGUACAUAGUGAUUCUUUUUUUUUUUUUUAUAAGAAUUUCAAAAUCAAAUUUUAACGACAAUUGUAAAUUUUAUGGACUUUCAAAACAUACAUGUAUAACUGAACUUCGCUUCGAAUCGUUUUUCGUUACUAAUGGUUUAAUCUUAAUCCAGUAUGCUUCAUGGCAGUUCGAGGGUUAUAGUCCCAUUCGAAUUCAUUAAGUCUUUGAACCUAACAAAAGUAUUAUGUAAACAUUUCAGGUCUUUACGAUUAUUUUUAACCAAAUUACAACAAAAAACUAAUACCAAAAAUAAUAGUAUUGCCAUAAACUUUCCUCGUUUUCCCAGUUUUCCCUAAUUGUUAUGAAAACUAUAAGGAAAGUCCAAAACCUUCUUAUGCACUAACUAAUACCAAAAUGCUACAAAAAUGAAUAUAACUUAUUUGGGAAUCAUUGUUUUUUAAAUUUUUUUUUCGGAAAUAUACCUUUCGAAACAUUGCGGUCUGUGUUAUUACUUUCCAGAAGUGUAUAUUUCGGAUUAUUUUCGGAUAUUCUGGACCCUUUCAGAUUCCGGAAUUUUUACGUUCUGGACAAUUACUUUCCGGAUAAUUACGAGUUACCUAAACACAUAUGAGACAUAUUUUAAAAAGUAAAGUGUUUUAUUGUAUUAUUUUAAAUUAUAAAGUCAAAUGGUUUUCUCUAAAUUAAAAUAUAACAUAAGUUCUAACAAUAUAUGCAUGAAAAUCAGCAUUGGUAUUACACUUUAAAUUUUUAAACUAAUGUCCUAACUCCUUAUACCUUUUUUUUUUUUUGUAGCUGAGAACAUAUUUUAACCAUUGUUAGUGAUAAACUGAAAUUGAACACAGAAAUGUCUAAUCAAAUUUGUCCAUUUACAUUAUCACAGUUGGAUGACAAUUCAGUAACUGUUAUAAAUAAAAAUGUAAGUUAAUGCAGGGGGGAAGAAUAUUGUAUUAUUUUCUAAAAUUCUCAAGUUUACAUUUGCAGCUACUUCUGUCUGAGUUUAAUAUUUAUAUUUUAUUUUUUUAGAUUAAUAAGAAAAGAAAGAAACUUAGUUUAACAAAUGAACUUUUAGGGGGUGUUAUGCAGUUUAAAAAUAUGAUACUUUCACAGAAGAAAAAUCACAAAAUCAAGUAAAAAUUUGAUACAUUCCUGAUUUUUUUUAAAAUUAUUUUAGUUUUGUAGUUAUUCAAAUAUUUCUGAUACAAUGGUAUUUAAAUUGUACAUCUAAAAAUAUAGAAACAUCAUAAAUUUAGUUAUAUUUUUUUUUUUUAACAAGGAAACAUACUAAUUUGAAGUUCAAAUUUUGACAAUCAUAAAAAUUACAAAUAUUUUAAAAUUAAAUAAUAAUUAAAUUAUUUACUUAUUUUGUAUAUUUAACAAUUAAUUUCUCAGUUUAAAUUCGAAUAUAUUCAAUUGCAUUCUACUAAGAAUCAGUUUUUGUUUAUAAUGUUUAUCUGCAAAGAUUCACUAUUUAUCUUUUUCUAUUUUAUGUAUUUUUAAUAUAUUUACUUACUUAGAAUGUUAAUUAUCUAAACAUUUUUAAUUCAAUAAAUAAAUAAUGAUAAUAAUAAUAAUAAUUUUAACAAUUUUUUCUUCAAAAACAUUUUCUUAGUUCCUAAUACCAAAUUUUCUUUUUGUUUAAUUAAUUGAUAAUAUUUAGGUAUUAGGAAAGUAUGCUUACAAAAUCAAAUAUUUUUUUUUUAGUUUUCUUGAUCCUAUCAAAUGCGAAAACAGUAAAUUGGAUUGUAACCAAACCAAAGAUAUAAAAGGUUUGUUACAUGUUAGUAUAAACGUAUUACAAAAUAUCAUUGUUCAUGAUCGGUCAAAUCGACAAGAAUACAUCAUAAAUUUAACUAAAUAUUUAAAUGAACUUAAUCAUCUUGACCAUGCCAAGGAAGCUCACAUUAAAAAUCUAGAAUCAUUCCUAUCUGAAGAAGAACGUGUCAUUGAAUCAUUGCGAACAGACAUUGAAAUCGUGAAUAGUAUAUAUGAGACUCAGAAACAAUAUUUUUACAAAUUCUAUUUAGAAGAGUUUGGACCUUCUGUCUUAUUGGAAACUAUAGGGAAGUUUAAAUCGCUUUGUGAUAAGUCAUUAGAAAUUGUGUUACAGAAUGUUGAAAGUGAAGAUACAAUUAAAAUGGUGGUGGAAACAUUGUGUUUCAAUAUUCACUCAUUGACGGCAGAAAUUGAACUGUUAGAUAUUUUGGAUUGUGCUGGACAAUCCAAAACGGAAAUCAUCACCACAGUAACACGGCAGUUAGAAGAUAUUUGUGUCGAAAAAUCAGCUCGUAUGAGUCUUGAUGAACUAGUAACCAUUUCCAAUUACUUGGAAACCGAUUGCGCUCAGACCAAUAACAAUUUUUUAGAACUGUGGUACACAAUUAAGUCAAUGUAUGAGAAUAAUCUCAUAUUGGAAAACACUGCUGAUGUAUUAGACAAUCAGAUGGAAACACUGCAAAUGAAUUUGUCAGAUGUGACCACCGAGUACAUGGCAUUAAGUGCAAGUAAAUCUGAAAAAAAAUGCAAAUCUGUUGUUUUGGAUGAUUUUUGUGUAGUAACUGAAGAAAUUACAGCGCAACAAAUAAGAAAUUUAGAAUUCAGUCGAAUACUUGCAGCUGAUGAUAGACAAAUGUCCAAGGAAUUGACCAAAAUCGAACAGUUAAGAGCUAAAAUUUCCAGGUAUAAAUUAUAUAUUUUAUUACUACUUGUAUUGAACCUAGGUAGGUAUCUUAGUUAGAUCAUAAAUAAAUUACAAUACAUAUAAAAUGUAUCCCACUAUAAUUUUUCUAGGGCUGUUAAUAUUAAAUUUGUUUGAUUUUUUUUCAAUUAUUUUAAUUUUUAGAAAAUAGACAUAAAAACAAUAAAUAUUCAAUAAAAUAAGGUAAAAUGCGAUAAGGAAUCGCAAUCAGCACAGUAAUUUACCUUCUUCUGUUGAAUAUUUAUUGUUUUCACGCCUAUUUUCUAGAAAUUAAACCGGCUAUAAUUAAGAAGUUAUUAAUCAGAUAUGAAUGUAUGGUAGAUUAAAAUUUUAAGAAUAAUAUUUUUACAAAAUGGCUAUUUUGAAAAUUUUCUAAGUGAAUAAGUAAAAAGUUAUUUUUUCUUUAUUAUUAAUAUACUAAUGAUGACGACACACAAAAGUCUUCAUUAGCAUACUAACAAUAACUCAAACCUGUAAAGUAAAUUAAAUUAAUUUUAUUUAACUUUUAUGUUAUUUAUUAAAUGUUUUGAUACUUAAAUCAACAAAUCAUAUUUAUUUAUUCAUAAUAUAUUAAAUAUGUUCAUAGGUAAUUAAGAUGACAUUAUACCCCCAUCUAAUGUUUCAGUCCAACUAACAUGCAAAUAGUUUCAUUAAAUAUAUUAGAUUUUUAUUUAAUAUCGAGCUAUUAGUAUAUUUUACUAUUAGGUAAAUUGUUUAGCUUCAAAAUAGUAAUUGUAUUCUAAGGAUUUAAAUUGAAUAAAAAAAAUACUAUAAAUUGAAUAUGUUCAAUGAAACUAUUUGCAUGUUACCCAGUAGUUGAGACAGUAGAUGCGGAUAAUGUCCUCUUAAAACAAAGUGAUUCAUAACUAAUUUAUUUUACAGAAAGAAAAAUAAAAAGCAGAAACUUUUGAUAGAAAGAGAUAGUAUCAAAAGUCAAUUGGAAAUGUAUAAAAGUCAGUAUGAAGACUUAGAAAUUAGAAAAAAUGUUCUGGCUGAUGAUUUGAUUAAUGUGAAACGAUCACCUGGUAAACUAAUGGAUCAAUCUGAGUUACAAGGUGUUGGGCAAAGAGUGAAACAUUUAAAACAACUCAAAGUUCAAUACAACAAAUUGACUAAUGUAAAAUAUUAAAUUAUACCUAUAUUUAAUAUCUAAUUAAUUAUAACAUAGCAAAUGACAAGCAUCCUUAGAUGUUCAAUAUUAUAAUAAAUUAAAAUGUUUAUUAUAAGUAAUUUGUUGAGAUUAGAUUAAUUGCCUCGAGAUUUUAUACACAAUUUUAAUUUAUGUAGAACAAUGUAAACACACUUUAUAGUUAAUUUAUUUUAUAAAAGUACCUGCUCAGUGUUUAAACAUUAAUAAUACUUUUAUCAUAUUUUGUAAUUCUGCUAAUUUUACCUAAUAUAUUUUGAAAUUAUAUAAAUUAAUAUUAUAAUAAUCUAUUAUUUAUUAUUUGGUUCUCAAACAAUUUAAAUUUUAUUUAUACAGUAGAAGCCACUUAUCAGGAACAUUUUGGGGCCGAGGUGAAACGUGUCAAUUAACCAAUUGUUUCUAAUAAACGAUUGGUUUUAAUAUAUAAUUGUUUCAAUAACACGAUUAUAUUAAUUAUCCAUGUUUCUAAUAAGUGACUUCUAUUGUAUAUCAAUUUUUAAACCUUUCAAUUAAAUAAUGAUUACCUAUUCAUUCAUUUAAACAAUACCUAGUGGAUAUUGUGGUGGAUUGUAUUAUUAAUGUGUUAAUGUGAUUUUUCAGAAAAGAGAUGCACUAAAACUGAAACUUCAAAAAUAUCAACAGGUGGUGAAGCCUCCAAAUCGGACAAACCAAAUUUUUAAAAAUGUAUAGUCUUAUAUCACACUGUUUUCUUAAUUACCUACUGUAGUCAUUUUUAAAAUAUUAUUUAAUGUCUAGAUAUUUAAUAGUUUUCUGUAUAGAGAGACACCUAAAUAUCUUUAAAUUUAAUUCAAAUUAUUGCAUUUUAACAUUUAUUUUUUUAGAAUAUAGUUUUCACAUUACCUACCUACACUACUGAGUGUUAAUAUUUUAUGUGUGUUUAUAAUUAGUUAAUUAGAGUGCCAAUAUUAUGAACAUACUAUAGCAUACACAUUGGUUACAGCAGUGAACAGUAUAUUUUCUAUUAUAAGUUUAUAAAUAAUCAAUAUUAUAAAUAGGUG